UUCAGCGCACUAACCAUGGAAUCUGACAAGUUCAUAUGUGUCCAGGAGAAGGUUGGUGAGCAGACACAGGUAGUGAUCAUUGACCUGGGCAACCCAGCGGCACCACUCAGAUGGCCCAACUCUGCCGAGAUGCCUCGUGGACCCAGCUCAAAAUUGAUAGCUCUUAAAGCUGGGAAGACACUUCAGAUCUUCCGUAUUGAGAUGAAGAAUAAGAUGAAGGCUUACACCAUGGCAGAAGAGGUGGUUUUCUGGAAAUGGGUUUCUGUGCACACAGUUGUCUUGGUGACUGAGACCACAGUCUACCACUGGAGCAUGGAGGGCGACACCCAUCCCAUGAAGAUGUUUGAGAGACAUGCCAGCCUGGCCGGGUGCCAGGUGAUCAACUACCGGACUGACGAGAGCCACAAAUGGCUGCUGCUCAUGGGCCUCUCAGCACAGCAAAACUGUGUGGUUGGGGCAAUGCGGCUUUACUCUGUGGACAGGAAGGUCUCACAACCCAUAGAAGGCCAUGCCGCUGCUUUCGCAGAGUUCAAGGUCGAGGGGAACGCCAAGGCGGCCACCCUCCUCUGCUUUGCUGUGCAUGGUCCUGCAGGAGGCAAGCUGCACAUCAUCGAAGUUGGGCAGUCUGCAGCUGGAAACCAGCCUUUUAUAAAGAAAGCCGUGGGUGUGUUCUUCCCUCCAGAGGCGCAGACUGAUUUUCCAGUGGCUAUGCAGGUUGGAGCUAAACACAGUGUUAUCUACCUGGCCACAAAGCAUGGCUAUCUGCACAUGUAUGACCUGGAGUCCGGCGUGUGCAUCUGCAUGAGCCGUGUUAGUGCCGACACAGUCUUUGUGACGGCUCCCCAUGAACCAACCUCAGGGAUUAUUGACAUCAACAAGAAGGGACAGGUGCUGUUCGUCUGUGUUGAGGAAGACAGCAUCGUGAAUUACACAGCUGACGUCCUUCAGAAUCCAGACCUUGCUCUGUGUCUGGCUGUCCGUGGUAACCUGCCUGGGGCAGAGAAGUUGUUUGCUAGAAAAUUCAACGUGCUCCGCAGCUACACUGAAGCCGCCAAAGCAGCAGCAUCGGCACCGAAGGGACUCCUGCGGACAAGUGACACAAUUCACAAGCUCCAGAGUGUGCCUGCCCAGCCUGGCCAGGCUUCUCCUUUGCUAUAGUACUUGGGAAUCCUGCUCGACCAGGCUCAGCUUAUUGAAUCCUUGGAACUCUGCUGUCUAGUUCUUCAGCAGGGGCACAAGCAACUUUUAGAGAAGUGGCGGAUGGAAGACAAGCUGGAGUGUUCAGAAGAGCUGGGAGAUCUGGUCAAAACUGCUGACCCUACACUGGCUCUGAGCCAUGUACCUUUGGGCAAAUGUGCCAAAGUGAUCCAGUGUUUUGCAGAAACAGGCCAAUUCCAAAACAUUGUGCUAUACGCCAAAAAGGCCAGAUACGCCCCAGACUGGAUCUUGCUGCUGAGGAGCGUGAUGAGGGCCAGUCCAGAGCAGGGCCUGCAGUUCUCUCAGAUGCUGGUGCAGGGUGAGGAGCUGCUGGCCAACAUUGACCAGAUUGUGGACGUUUUCAUGGAAACCGGUUUAAUUCAGCAGUGUACGUGCUUCCUGUUGGACACCUUGAAGGACAAUCGCCCAGCAGAGGGGCCCCUGCAGACUCGGCUGCUGGAGAUAAACCUGAUCCACGCACCCCAGGUUGCCAAUGCCAUCCUUGGAAAUCAGAUGUUGACUCAUUACGAUCAGGCCCAGCUGUGUGAGCAGGCUGGCCUCCUGCAGAGGGCAUUGGAGCACUACACUGACCUCUGUGACAUCAAGAGGACCCUGGUCCACACACACCUGCUCAACCCUGAGGGGCUUGUUGGUUUCUUUGGCUCCUUGUCGCUGGAGGAUUCUGUAGAGUGUCUGCGUGCCCUGGUUGCCCUGCUGUUGAACAUCAGACAGAACCUCCAGCUGUGUGUACAGGUGGCCUCUCAGUACCACAAGCAGCUAGGCACACAGCCCCUGGUGGAGCUCUUUGAGUCCUUCAAGAGUUACGAAGGCCUCUUCUACUUCCUGGGCUCCAUCAUCAACUUCAGCCAAGACCCAGACGUGCAUCUGAAAUACAUCCAGGCCGUCUGUAAGGCAGGACAGGUCCAGGAGGUGGAGAGGGUCUGCCGAGAGAGCAGCUGCUACAACCUGGAGCACAGAACCUCCAGCUAUCUCAAGGAGGCCAAGCUCACAGACCAGCUUCCCCUCAUCAUUGUGUGUGACAAGUUCGACUUCAAGCAUGACCUCAUCCUGUAUUUAUACCGCAACCAUCUGCAAAAGUACAUUGAGACCUACGUCCAGAAGGUCAACCCUAGCCAGACCCCUGCUGUGGUUGGAGGGCUGCUUGACGUGGACUGUCCUGAGGAGGUGAUUAAGAACUUACUCAUGGCAGUGAGAGGUCAGUUCUCCACUGAUGAGCUGGUGGCUGAAGUAGAAAAAAGAAAUUGGCUCAAGUUGCUGCUUCCCUGGCUGGAGUCCCGAGUUCAGGAGGGCUGUGAAGAGCCUACCACUCACAACGCACUUGCAAAAAUCUACAUUGACAGCAAUGAGAGCCCGGACGGCUUCCUGAGGGAGAACCCUUACUACGACAGCCGUGUGGUGGGCCUGUUUGGCGAGAGGCGGGACCCACACCUGGCCUACGUUGCCUACGAGCAGGGGCAGUGUGACCUGGACCUCAUCAAGGUCUGCAAUGAGAACUCUCAGUUCAAAAUCAAGACCCACUAUCUGGUGUGCAGGAAGGACCUGACCCUCUGGGCUAUGUCCUGGAGUCAUGUCCUGGAGGAGGCUGACCCAUGCAGGAGACAGCUGAUUGACCAGGUGGUACAAACAGCAUUGGCAGAAACACAGGACCCUGACGAGGUCUCAGCCACUGUCAGAGCUUUUAUGGCAGCUGACCUGCCUAAUGACCUAAUUGAGCUGCUGGAGAUUGUUCUGGAAAACUCCAUCUUCAGUGAGCACAGAAAUCUCCAGAACCUGCUGAUUCUGACGGCCAUCAAAGCAGACCACUCGCGUGUCAUGGAGUACGUCAGCCGCCUGGUCAACUAUGACGCCCCAGACAUUGCCAGCAUCACCCUCAGCAGCACGUUGCAUGAGGAGGCCUUCGCCAUCUACCGCAAAUUUGAUGCUAACACCUUAGCGGUCCAGGUCCUGAUCGAGCACAUCAGAAGCCUAGACCGAGCCUACGAGUUUGCAGAGAGAUGCAGUGAGCCUGCCGUGUGGAGUCAGCUGGUCCGAGCCCAGCUCCAGGGAGACCUGGUGAAGGAAGACAUUGACUCCUUCAUCAGAGGGGACGACCCUUCCUCUUGCGUGGAAGUUGUGCGGGCGGCCAGCAGGAGCAACAACUGGGAAGAUGUAGUUAAAUUCCUGCAGAUGGCCAGGAAGAAGGGCUCUGAGUCUUACGUAGGGACGGAACUUAUGUUUGCCAUGGAAACCAGUCGUCUGUCUAAACUAGAAGAUUGUAUCAGUGGACCCAACAAUGCCCACAUCCAGCAGGUCAGAGACUGCGGCUACGAGGAGGGCAUGUACGAGGCCGCCAAGCUGCUGUACAGCAGCGUCUCUAACUUUGCCCACCUGGCGUCCACCUUGGUCCACCUCGGCGAGUAUCAGGCAGCUGUGGACAGCAGCCACAAGGCCAACAGCACACAGACCUGGAAGGAGGUGUGCUUUGCCUGUGUGGACAGACAGCAGUUCCACCUUGCCCAGCUGUGUGGCCUUCACAUCGUUAUUCACGCUGAUGAGCUGGAGGAACUGAUUCACUACUACCAGGACGGGGGCUACUUUGAGGAGCUGAUCUUGCUGCUGGAGGCAGCCCUCGGCCUGGAGCGGGCCCACAUGGGCAUGUUCACAGAGCUGGCCAUCCUCUACUCCAAGUUCAAGCCACGGAAGCUGUCGGAGCACCUGGAGCUCUUCUGGUCCCACAUCAACAUCCCCAAGGUGCUGAGAGCUGCAGAGCAGGCCCACCACUGGGCAGAGCUGGUAUUCCUCUACGACAAGUACGAGGAAUAUGACCAGGCCGUGCUCAUCAUCACCCACCCCACUGAGGCCUGGAGAGAAGGUCAGUUCAAGGACCUCAUCACCAAGGUUGCCAACAUGGAGCUGUGUUACAGAGCCCUGCAGUUCUGUCUGGAUUACAAGCCUCUGCUCAUCAAUGACCUGCUGCAGGCACUGUCUCCCCACCUGGACCACACCCAAAAUGUAUCAUUAUUCCAUCGGGUAGGCCAGCUGCCCCUGGUGAAGCCUUAUCUGCAGUCAGUCCAGAGCCACAAGAACAAGAGUGUGAAGGAGGUGCUCAACCACCUGCUGACAGAAGAGGAGGAUUACCAAGGCUUAAGGGCAUCUGUUGACGCCUACGACAACUUCGACCAUACCAGCCUGGCUCAGCAGCUGGAGAAACGUGAGCUGAUGGAAUUCGACCUCGCAGCCUACCUGUAUAAGGGCAGCAAUCGGUGGGCCCAGAGUGUGGAGCUCUGCAGGAAUGAUGGUCUCUACAAGGAUACCAUGCAGCAUGCAGCAGAGUCUCGGGAUGUCAAGCUGGCCGAGAAUUUGCUGCAGUGUUUCCUGGAGGAAGGCAGACAGGAGUGCUUUGUGGCUGCGCUCUUCACCUGCUACGACCUGCUCCACCCGGAUGUGGUGCUCAAGCUGGCCUGGAGACACAGUGCCAUGGACUCUGCCAUGCCUUACUUCAUCCAGGUGACGAGGGCGUACUUGAGCAAGGUGGACAGACUGCAUGCCUCGGAGAGUCUACAUAAGCAAAAGGUGCAUACUGCAGAGCCCACGCCUCGCAUGUUUGGCCAGCAGCUGAUGCUGACAGCCGGCCCUGCUACUGUCCCAGCCCCUGCCGGCCUCUCCUAUGGAUACACUGUGCUUCUGCCUUUGUCCAGCCUCCUGUGUGCGGCUUCAGUGUGUGGUGGGCGCUGUCCUGACUCCCUGCUCUAUCCGAUUACUAACCUCUCCAAGGAGCCUGUUGCUUUCUAGCACAGAGGACCCCAACGGGAGCAGGAAUACCAGGACUUUAUUUUUGCUAAAGCCCAAUGGAUGGCAGCACGGUCUAAGUCAUCCUGGAGCCUGAGGAAGCUGGGGCUGCCCAAGACUAGUUCCAGCCUCCAGCAGGGAGCUGGGCCUCUGGCUGGAACCAGGCAUUACCAGGGAGGUUGUUGUCUGCAAGGAUUCCCUGCACCUUGGGUGAAGAGGCACCCUCUUUACCCCACACUGGCUAGAACUGCUUUUUCCACGCCACUUUGAAGACACAACAUGUACACGUCUUGUAUGGAGCCUCUUGCCCAUCACGAUUAUUAAAGUUGGUUUAUCAAGGUAAAGCUUCUCUGCCUGGUGCUGGUGUGGGUAGGCGGGACGAGGGCCAAUUUUACAGCCCUGUGGCCUGCUAAAGAUUCGCUGAAACCUCUGGGGGCGGGGAACCCGUGUCUGCCCGGUGGAGGCUGCCUGGGAGAACACAUCCGGGUUACACUUGAAGUCUUUUCCCCUGAGCUCUAAAUCCGGGAGAGGGACAGGGGUGGAAACUGCACAACCCGGUGGCGCGUCCGUAAAGCCAAACCCUCAGGCGGGGGGACCGGUCCGCCCCGCUCGCCUCCGGCAUCCCCGAAGGUCUCGCCUUUCUCUGCAGACGCACAGACUCCGAGGCUCGCUCCUCCCCGCGUGGGUCCUCGGUCCGGGCGCGUUGGAGUCACUGCCCCUUGACCCACAGGUCCGGGCCAGGACGCGGCACCGCCUCCCUCAGGCGCCACCCCCAGCCCCGCCUCGCGGGUGCCCCGGACUCUACUUGGCCAUUGGCUGCGCUCCGGGCCUCGCCCCGACGCCUGCCCCGGCGCGCUCCGCCCCGGCCUCAGUUUCCC